CUGAUCUGGAAACCCGGGGCUAGAGGCUGGCAAAGAGGACUGAGGGGAGGGGGCGCGGACGCAGCGGCCGGGCUUGUUCUCCCGCCAGCUUGCUGCACUGGGCUCUGUUUGCGCCUCCCUCAACUCGCUCUUCCGCCCCCCUUCGCCCUCCCCCUUUCCCUCCCUUCCUCCUCCUCCUCUCUCAGCAGCCGCGAGUACUGCCAGACCUCGCCAGUUCAGACCCACCAGCCUGCCCUCCCCUGCGCUCUCCCCUAGCUGCCCCGGCCUGGAGUGCAGCGCAGCCGCGCAGAUUCACGAUGUUGAAAACUCUUUUCUUAACAAUGCUGACUCUGGCACUGGUCAUGUCACAGGACACCGAAGAAACCAUCACAUAUACGCAAUGCACGGAUGGCUACGAGUGGGAUCCUGUAAGACAGCAGUGCAAAGAUAUUGACGAAUGUGACAUUGUCCCAGAUGCUUGCAAAGGUGGCAUGAAAUGUGUCAACCACUAUGGAGGAUACCUCUGCCUUCCUAAAACAGCCCAGAUUAUUGUCAAUAAUGAACAGCCUCAACAGGAAGUACCUGCAGCAGAAACCGUGGGUGCAGCAGCAAACGCAGCUGCAACUUCAGGCACAGCCUCCGGAGGUGUCUCAGCCACUGGCAUGGCAACCAGUGGAGUGAUGCCUGGGGGUGGUUUUGUUGCCAGUGCUGCUGCAGUUGCAGGCCCUGAAGUACAAACUGGCCGAAAUAAUUUUGUCUUUCGGAGAAACCCAGCUGAAUCUCAGCGCAUUCCCUCCAAUCCUGAUGGGAUCCAGUGUGCCUCAGGCUUUGAGCAGAGUGAGCAUAAUGCCUGCCAAGACAUAGAUGAGUGCACUGCAGGUGUGCACAACUGCAGAGGCGACCAAUUGUGCAUCAAUUUAAGAGGAUCCUUCUCCUGUCAGUGCCCUCCAGGGUAUCAGAGGAGAGGAGACCAGUGUGUAGACAUAGAUGAAUGUUCUGUGCCUCCAUAUUGCCAGCAACGAUGUGUGAACACACCAGGAUCAUUUUAUUGCCAGUGUAGUCCUGGGUUUCAGUUGGCAGAAAACAACUAUACCUGCAUAGAUAUAAAUGAAUGUGAUGCCAGCAAUCCAUGUGCUCAGCAAUGCUACAACAUUCUUGGUUCAUUCAUCUGUCAAUGUAAUCAAGGAUAUGAGCUAAGCAGUGAUAGGAUCAAUUGUGAAGACAUCGAUGAGUGUAGAAGCUCAAGCUACUUGUGUCAAUAUCAAUGUGUUAAUGAACCUGGGAAAUUCUCUUGUAUGUGCCCCCAGGGAUACCAAGUGGUGAGAAGUAGAACAUGUCAAGAUAUAAAUGAGUGUGAAACCACAAAUGAAUGCCGGGAAGAUGAAAUGUGUUGGAAUUAUCAUGGUGGCUUUCGUUGUUACCCACGAAAUCCUUGUCAAGAUCCUUACGUUCUAACAUCAGAAAACCGAUGUGUUUGCCCAGUCUCAAAUACAGUGUGUCGAGAACUUCCCCAGUCGAUAGUUUACAAAUACAUGAGCAUUCGAUCUGAGAGGUCUGUGCCAUCUGACAUUUUCCAGAUACAGGCCACAACCAUUUAUGCCAAUACAAUCAACACUUUUCGGAUUAAAUCUGGAAAUGAAAAUGGAGAAUUCUACUUAAGACAAACAAGUCCUGUAAGUGCAAUGCUGGUGCUGGUGAAGUCACUAUCAGGACCAAGGGAAUACAUCGUGGACCUGGAGAUGCUAACAGUCAAUAGUAUAGGAACUUACCGCACAAGUUCAGUCUUAAGAUUGACAAUAAUAGUGGGACCAUUUUCAUUUUAGACUUUUAUGCAUCUGCUAAGGGCAUUUAAAUUAGCCAAAGAAUACCUUAAAGUACUAUUUUAUUUAUAGACAUAUGUAGUACAUCUAUGUCUAUAUAUACUAUACAUUUUCCAAUAAUUCAAACAAUUACUCCAUGUAUAAAUGGGCAUUUAAUCUGUAAAGAGUCAAAGUCUGUCUUUAUAACUAUAUGUAAAUUAGUAUUAAUCCACUAAAACAGUCGUUUCAAGAGAGCUAAGUAUAAUAUAGUGGGUAAAACUUGAAUUGUUUUCUAUAAAAGUGGGACCAGACAAUGAUUCUCUCUGCGGAGCUUAAGGAAAUGUACUACAGUUCCACAGUAAGUCUCAUAAGGAGGCAGUCAUUGUACCAUUGAACUGCGUGCAAAUUCAAGAAUGAGUUCUUUAAUUGCUUUGUAAGAAAAUGAAAAUUUCAAUAAAAAUAUAUUUCUUUAGAA